CUUUUCGCAAUCUGUUAAUUGCAGCUGUGGGCGUUCAUCCGGUCGCUGGGCGCUUUCGGAUAGCCAGCCAUGCCCCCCUUCCACUUCUCCAGUACCUCCCGCGCCCUAUUCCGUGUCUUUGUUGCGCCGAACCUCGCUGCCAGCUGUCGCACAGCUGUUUCUCCCACCCACAGCUUCUUUCCAGCACCCCACGCAGCACUCGCACUCCCCGGCUUACCACUCACCCCCAUCCGCACGAAAGUCUUCAAAAAGGACACGCAGCGCCACGCCCUCUCCGAUGCCUACACCCUCGACACCGCCAUCAAUAGCCCGACCAUCAAUCUCGUCGACCUCCGCGGCCAGUUCCACCGCCGCACCGCCUUAACUUCCGCUCUGGCAUCACUCGACCGCAACCUCUACCACAUCCUCCAAGUCUCCCCGGGCAAAGUCGACGCAUGGGGCACGCCCGACCCGGAAAACCCGCCAACAUGUAAAGUUAUUUCCAAGAUGGACCUACGGCAACAGCACAAAACGAAGCUGGACAUCGGUCGGAAGCAGAAGCGCGGGGGAGGCGCAGGUCCCAGUAUGAAGAACUUAGAGCUGAAUUGGGCGAUUGAUGCGAACGACCUGCGACAUCGGCUUGAGAAAAUGAAGGGGUUCUUAAGGGAGGGCCGGAAGGUGGAGGUUUUAUUGGGCCCGAAGAGGAGGGGGCGGGUUGCGACGGCGGUAGAGUGCAGGAGUGUGUUGGAGAAGGUGAGGGAGGCGGUCGAGGAGUCUAAGGGGGCAGUCGAGACAAAGGAUCCGGAUGGGAAGGUUGGGGGGGUAAUGACGUUGGUUUUUGAGGGGAAGGUGGAGAAGGUGGAGAAGCGGAAGGGACAGGGCGAGUGAGGAUGCGCUGGAGGCAUGAGAUAUGGCUAAGCGGAUCUGGAUAGUUGGUCCCUUUGUGGUGCAGAUAUAGAACCGUACAAUAAAUUAUACACACGCGAGAA